ACAAAGAAUACUUGACGUCACGACGUUGGCGGGGAUAAUGUGAUGUAUUCGAACGAUAUUUUAAUCUAUCGCACCGCAGUGCUGAAGUAAUUGUAGUUGUAUUAAACUAUUUUGUCUUCAAAAAGUCUAGUUUAUUUUGGAAGAUCUUCGCUUUUCCGAGGAGCACAUGAAUGCAGCAUGAAGUCCGUUGUUUCACUGACAUGUUUCUGUUGGGCGAGUAAAGAUGCAAUUGUGGUUAAUCUACCCUCGACAUUAUUUUGUAUAGUUUUAACGCUUGGCUGGUAAUCCCCGAUCUUCGCAUUCCACGGUUUCGUGGAAAUUACAAAAACAAGCAUGACAUCGAAACAGAAAGCUGGUAAAGUUGGCUCCAAAAGUAAGGAAGAUGCUCCCUACGAGUUGGAGAAUCAGUUCGUCCUGCGGCUGCCAACAGAGUAUGCAUCUACCGUGAGGAGGAUUGCCCAAUCUAGUAGUAUGAAUAUGAAGGACAGACUCACCAUUGAGUUGCACCCUGACGGUCGCCAUGGCAUCGUGAGAGUAGACCGUGUCCCUCUGGCCUGCAAACUGGUGGACCUGCCCUGCAUCAUUGAGUCUCUCAAAACAGUGGACAAGAAGACUUUUUACAAGACAGCUGAUGUCUGCCAGAUGCUCGUGUGUACACUAGAUGGAGACCUCUACCCUCCUUUAGAGGAGCCAACGGGCACUGAUCCCAAGACCAAGAAGAAGGACAAAGACAAGGACAAGAAGUUUAUUUGGAACCACGGCAUCACUUGUCCCCUCAAGAACACGCGCAAGAGAAGAUUUCGCAAGACUGCCAAAAAAAAGUACAUCGAAUCGCCCGACGUGGAAAAGGAGGUGAAGCGGCUGCUGAGCACAGAUGCCGACGCUGUCAGCGUUCGAUGGGAAGUCAUAGCAGAGGACGACAUGAAGGACGGAGACCAGCACGGCUCUCUGGCCAACCUGGACUCAUCACCUGGCACGUCGGGACACAAGAUGGGUCACGGAUCCUCAACCCAGCGUGACGAACUGCGGGAGAUGUUCAACGACAUCAGCAGCUCCAGCGAGGACGAGGAGGACGACGGGGACCGCCACGAGGACGAGGACCUGAACAUCGUGGACACGGAGGACGACCUGGUCCAAGACAAGCUGGACGAGUCCGACCCUGCCCAACGAGAGUCGGACACAAACAACCAAAUAGUGAUGGAGUACCAAGUACAAAUCAGCGGCGUCAAAGCCAAGCUUCAGGAAACGCGAGCCCGCAAGAAACAACAGGAGGAGCUGAUCAUGAAAGUGGAAAACCAGGCCCUGAAAAACCGAUUCCAAGCGUGUUUGGAUGAGAUCAUUCAGCAGGAGGAGCGCGAAAUGGAGCAGCUGGCCUCGCUCCAGGAGCAGCUGGACUCGCUGAUUGAGAAGUAAACACUAGGGGGCGCCCUCAGCACCACAGGAAAAGCGAAUGAUGAAGAAAAGGAGGAGGAGGACCUGAGCCUUGACAGACUUGCUGUGUCAUUCCUUUUUAGUUUGGUAUUUUUACACAGAUCGCAGAGAGGGCGCCGAUUUGCAUAUCGGCUCAGAUCACGUUGUUUGUAGCCGUGUCAGUAAAGUGUUUUAUUUCAAUAGAGAAUGAUGUGUCUUCCUGUGUUUUUUUUUUGUAGUCAAAACCAUUAAUGCAGCCCUUGAUGGCUUUCUGUUAUGCACGCUCGCAGACAGGAAGUUUAUUUGGCCUUUUUACUGUUUAGAGACUCUGGCGUAUCAUUUUUUUUCCCUUGUCGGUGGAUCAACCUUCAAGGUGUGUUAAAUCACUGAGCAAAUAUAUUCCUGCUGUGAAUUCUGCUUAAUUCCUCACACUGCCUUGGUUACACUUUUAAAUGAACCUCAUUUUAUGACACGGUUGCCCCCCCACCCCCACCCACCCAUCACUUGAAGCACACUGGCACUCAUGAGAAACUAAGAAUGAUCAUUGGGCGAUCUUAAAGCUGUACAGUUUUGGAAAUGGUUCAAGUUGGACUCUUUUCCUGUUAAUUAUUGAGAAUUCAUCAUAUAGUUAUUGAUUCCUCCCCUGCUCCCCUCGAGGUGUUGCACUCAACAAAUAAAAAUAUGAACAUUUGUUUUAUAGAUCAGUAGAUUUUACUGCUACUUUAUUUAAAAUCACACUCUGAAAUCUUACUUUCGGGGGAGAACACAUUUUACAAGAAUUUUAUUUUUCAUCAGAAAAAAAGUUGUGCUUUUUACGAGAGUACUUUUUUUUAAUGGGGGGGAGCAGUACUUUUUAUGAUAUUGGUCAUAGUGUUUCAAGGGGAAGAAAAGUUUGAAUCAGGAAAAGUUUUCUUGGAAUAAAGUCAUGAUGAACAAAAAUGUCA